UCAGUUCUGAGCAGGGAAGAGAGGCUGUCAACACAAAUAAGGCAUUUUUCAAAGGCGUAAAUUAUGAGUUCCCCAAACAAUGCGACAUCUCAACCACAUGGAGAAGUGGAGAGCCCCACAGCUGGAGCAGAUGUGGCUGUUAUUGGAGGUGUGAUUGCUGCCGUGGUGUUCGUCCUCAUCUGCCUGCUGGUGGUGAUGGUGCGCUACUUGUACAGGCACAAAGGCACCUACCACACCAACGAGGCCAAGGGAACCGAGUUCGCCGAGAGCGCCGACGCCGCUCUGAAGAACGACCCCGCUCUCCAGGAGGCAGUGGAUGAGAGCAAGAAGGAAUAUUUCAUCUGAGAGGCAAGGAUUUCCAUGGAGACUUCCCUGGGGGAAUCAAUCAGAAAUGUAACGUCAAUAGAAGUACUAAG